AUGAAGGAGAAUCUUGAAGAAACUAAGAAAGAGGACACGUGGCUCACUUUGCUGUCAAUUCUCGGACGCUGUGGGUCCCGCCCUCAGGCCACGCGUUCACCGGAUUCUGCUACUCAAAUGCGUGUCACGUGCCCCAGAAAUUUUGGGCAUUUGGUUGCUGGGCACUGGCUAAGAUUUGAAAGAUUUUAUCUUUACCUUGAAACAGUUGCAGCUCCUGCUGAAGAUCAACUUGGGGAAGCCACAAGGGAAAUUACUGGUCUUGAUUGGAAUAUGGAAUCCAAAUCUGAAACUGCUAAUCAGCCGAGGUCUAAUCCACGUUCCUUUACACCUAACAAUGUUUAUUCUGAACCCUGGUGGCGAGGUAUUCAGUACAAUUCUGUUCCGCAAGCAAUGUCAGGGGUGAAUGCAUCAAAUUCAUCUUCACUUGAACGCCCUAACGGUGAUUCAGAAUCCAGUGGAGGUCAAUCUUUGUCCAAUAAUGGGUUGAACGAGGAAGAAGAUGAUGCCACCAAAGAAUCGCAACCCACUGCUCCUAAUCUAUCAGGAAAUUAUGGACAAGACCAACAAGCGAUGCUGCAUUCUUCAUCAUCUGCACCUUCUAGGCGUGAUGAUUGCCUGACACAGGUUCCACAGCUGGAACUUAUCGGUCAUUCAUUUGGAUAUGCUCCUUUUAUGGGAAUGCCUCAUGCCAGAAUGGCUUUGCCACUUGAGAUGGCUCAAGAGCCUGUUUAUGUGAAUGCCAAACAAUACCAAGGAAUUCUGAGACGAAGACAGGCUCGUGCUAAAGCAGAGCUUGAAAAGAAAUUAAUAAAAGUCAGAAAGCCAUAUCUUCAUGAAUCUCGGCAUCAGCAUGCUAUGAGAAGAGCAAGAGGUAACGGAGGGCGCUUUGCAAAGAAAACUGAUGUCGAGGCUUCAAACCACGUGAACAAAGAAAAGGAUGAGGGUGCAGGUCCAGUCCCAUUGUCACAGUCAAUAUGUUCAUCUGGUUUAGGACCAAUACCCUCGGAUUCUGCUUCGAACUGGAACCCUUCCAGUGUGCAACAAGACGCAAAAGGAUCUCAAGUGCAUGAGAGAAUUGAAAAACACAACUAUGCAAAUGUUUUGCAGUCAUCAUCUACCUUUUGUUUGCACUCGGGUGAGAGAGGGGAGGAAGGGGACUGUUCAGGUCAACAACGGGGAAGCAUCUCCUCUGAGCACACCUCACAGAGGCGUCUUGCUAUUCAGUAA